AUUCCUAAGCGACAAUUACCCAAAAUGCAUCGUUAACAUGUAGAGGGAAGAUGGCAGCUAAAACAAGCAAAGACGGUCCACCUUUUGACUGCCCAUCAUGGGGAGGAAAACCGCCCACAGGACUGCACUUAGACGUGAUGAAAGGAGACAAACUGGUUGAGAAACUGAUCAUAGAUGAAAAGAAGUUCUACCUGUUUGGUAGGAACCCCGACUGGUGUGACUUCACCAUCGACCAUCAGUCGUGCUCGCGUGUUCACGCCGCUCUAGUCUACCAUAAACACCUAAAAAGGCUCUUCCUUAUAGAUCUUAAUAGCACACAUGGUACCUUCCUCGGACACAUUCGCCUUGAGCCUCACAAGCCUCAGCAGGUUCCAAUCGACUCUACAAUAUCCUUCGGGGCGUCAACACGUACCUACACCAUCAGAGAAAAACCCCAAACCCAAGGAAGCGCUGGCACCGGCGACAGUAAGACAGGAGAUGAGGAGGAGCUAAAAGGACUGCUCGGGCUUCCGGAGGAAGAGACAGAGUUGGAGAAUCUAACGGAGUUCAACACUGCUCACAACAAACGCAUCUCCCUCCUGACCAUCGAGGAAGGCAACCUGGAAAUCCAGAGACCCAAGAGGAAACGGAGGAACUCCAGAGUUACUUUCAGUGAAGAGGACUCUAUCAUCAACCCAGAGGACAUAGACCCAUCGGUCGGCCGCUUCAGGAAUAUGAUUCAGACAGCCGUCAUCCCCAUGAAGAAGCGAAGAUCUGACGGCCAAAACACUCUGGGUCUGGACGAUCUGGCUUCAAAGCGUAUCCACGGCUACAGCUUAGGUGGUGGACUUUAUGGCGACUUGCCUCCUACCAGUCAUGAGAACAAGCCAACGGGAGCUCCGGGAGGUGUUGCUAUGCAAGGAGGGCUUCCGCUGCCCUUCCCUAAUCCAGCGCCAGAGGUAGACUUGGACCCAGAUGCUCCUCAGCCCCUCAUCACCCUUAACCCCACACCUGUAACAGCUCCCUACCUGCCAGAGACCCUCAACGAGCCGCGCAAAAAGAAGUACGCCAAAGAGGCGUGGCCAGGAAAGAAACCCACGCCCUCGCUACUCAUCUAAGCAGUUUUUCUGUAGUGCUGCCGACUCUCAGGUUUCCAGCAGAUACAUCAGGGACUGUGACCUGGCAGAGGUGGAGUUCUUCACUUCUGAUGGAUCUUUUAUUUUUAUCAUCAUUUUGUUGUGUUUCCCAUAUUUACGCAGUUUUGCAUAAAAUUCAUCCCAUAAACAAGAGAAUCUCAUUUAUUUGUAAUGGAGUUCUCCAAAAUUUACAACAGUUGUGAUUUAAGGAGCUGCAGGCGAGUGGGGGCACGUAGACUUUUACUAGUCUGGGCGAACAACAGUGGAUAUGAUAACUGUUAUGUAAUGGUAUGAUUUUGUUUUUAUAUGUUUUUGGACUCAUUCCUUCAAAAUGUCGACAAAAGUGUUAAAAAAGGUGAAAAAGUAAUUUUAUUUACAGUAUUUUAUCGAGAAAAUCCAAAACUCCAGAUCUGGAUCAGUUUUCAACAUAGGGGGGGCUUUUUUAUUUAGAAAACAAUGAAAUCAAACAUUUUAAUUCAAUCCACUGGGUGGUUGGAGUUUUUCUUGCAUUCACUCACAAGCCACUAGAUGGUGGUUUAAUCUCUAAUAUCAGGUUUGAGUGAGAUUGAAAAAGAAGCCUGCAGGCGCUAGUUUAUACAAACAGGUUUGUGUCUUCAUUUAAUGAAAGGAAUGGUAAAUAAAUACAUGUCUUCAUUAGUUUUUUUGUUUAGGUUAAAGUCUGAACUGUACAAUGUUCAUUAUAUAUAUUUGACAUGUUGAGUUUUUAAAAGUUUGGCCAUUUCCCACCAUAAAUCUACUGUAAAUACAGUUUUUCUUUGUCAUUUCAGUAAAGUUUCAAGUACUAGGAAAAAGAAAAAAGGAUUCUAGCACAAUGCGGAUUUAAUAUGAAAUAAAACCGAACAGCAGUGCAGCAUAACAUGUUUUUAAAGCUGUGUUUUCCAUAACUGUCGAGAAAAAAGCUGCAAAAUAAAUUCCCACUGUCGAACACGUCAUCUGGUUAUAAUUUUAUGAUGGUUUUAUAGUGCAGAUAAAUGCAAUAUUGCAUUAAAAAGUAUGAAAAUGGUCAAAUCUGGUUCUGCCUUCUAGCAUUUGGAAGAUGAUAGGGUAUUAAAUAGGAACAGGCUUUUGGGCGGAUCAAAGGUCUGGUUGAGUUGGUAAGAACCAUCAGAACCUCUGGAUUAUGUUAGUUCAGGUUAUAUCCUCUGGUGUAUUCAAGUAAAGUACUGAAAAGUUUUGCCUUAUUAGGGGUCCUUGGAAACAAUGAAAGGUCAAAGGCCUGGACGAAAAGCUCGGUUGAUGUUCCAGUUUUUACAAACUGCUGGUGACUUUGUCCUUUUUAAUGUGUGGAUUUUGUAAAAUGACUGUAAAUUAAAAAGAAUUUGACAUUU